UUUUCUUAACGCGCUGUUGUUCUUGUUCGUGCGAGAAGAAAAAAAGCGCAAGCCAGAAAAAAAAAACCUUUGAAAAAAGCAUUUUUUUUCACGAACCUCACGAAUCCUUACCGCAGAUUAUUCUCCGGCGGGACAGACUCGGGUGGUUCCGGUUCCGAACGGUGCGCGCGGGUUGGCAACGGCCGGCAAGCGUGAAAUUGGUGCGACUUUUUAUUGAACACAAAUCGAUCCGCAAAGUUGGCGCUCUUCCGGAACCUGAAAUAAGGGAGGUCUCCGUCGUUGUCGUCGUCGUGUGGGGUGUCUGUGAUUGAUGUGAGGUUUGAGGGACUAGGAUGACCACGUACGCUACCGAUAGUCAAGGCAAGUUUAUUCCGGCGACCCAGCGGCCGGAUGGAACCUGGCGGAAGCCGCGGCGUGUCCGCGACGGGUACGUCCCCCAGGAGGAGGUUCCACUGUACGAAAGCAAGGGAAAGCUUUUUGCCCAGAAGCCAUCGCUUCCACCGGGACUGCCCCCGGAAAUGGCCCAGAAGGCACGGGAGAAGCGCGAGAAAGAGCAACGGAAGGCGGCAGCCCGUCCAGCGCAGAAUCCCGUCCCGGGGCUGUUGAUCUUGCACGAGGACAAUAAGGCCAACCAACGCCAAGCGAAGCCGGCAAAUGCCAAGCCUAAAAAGAAAGCCGUUGAACUGCCGGAUGUGCUGCUGGAGCAGAAGCAGAAGGAAGAGCAGAAGGCGGCCAGUCGGCAGCAGGCUCAGGAUCAACGGAAUUCCAAGCAGCAGCAAUCCCAGAACCAGUCCAAGCCGCUCGACGACGUUACAAAGGCCGUACAGGACCUGCAGCUAGGUACGGCGUCCGGCGCCGAUGGCCACAGUGAUCUCAGCAAAAAGUUGCGCAAACUGCGGAAGAAGAUUCGCGAAAUCGAGGUAAUUGAGGAGCGGUUACGGGCAAGCGACGGACCCCGCCCCGACAAGGACCAGAUCGAGAAGGCCAAACGGAAGGCGGAGAUUCUGAAGGAGAUCGAAGAGCUCGAGCGGGGUGGCGGCCACAAAUGAUGAUCCUCCGCGUUGCUCGCCGCCCGACGACGGUCGGCCGACAUUCUCUGUGUACAAACGAAGAGAUAAGCUAGCCAGCCUCACUCCCUCACAGCUGAAUCGCAUUUUAGGCUCGUUUAGUGUGCAAGGAUAGAGUUUAACAAAGUUUUUUUUUCUUUUAUUGUUUCCACUUUUUAGAGUGUUAAGUUCAGCUUCCUUUCUCGCGCGGCUCAAUUUCAGUGUUCCUUCGUUUUCCCCCCUUAAAUAUUCUCCUUCUUUCUUUGCCUCUUCAAACGGAACCGAACGAUUUUAUAUAACUUUGUGUAAAAUGUGAUUUUUGUUUAAGCAAAUUGUGAAUCGCAUGCAGAGUUUAGAGAUUAAGACCACAAAACGGAAAAACGCUUCGCGGCGACUUUCUUUCUCGGUACUAUUUACAGUAGGCACUACGGUAAAACCAUUUUAGGGUAUAGACCCACCAGAAGCUUUUUAAAGAAAAUACACAAUAAACAAGGGUAGAAAAUGGAUUCACAUUUGUUCCGAGUGCUUAAUUUUGAUUAUCGAGUCGCAAAACAAACAAACACGUCGCCACAUUGUUCACAAAAGUAAAAAAAAACGCACCCAGAGCAAGACAUUUACAAACAAUCGAACGUCGUCGUCGUACUUCCAGCAAACAAACUUUUCCAAGUAGAAUGAAUGCAGUAGAAGAAGAGUAGCGUCCGCACACAAACACACACACUCCUCUCUCGGUAGCGAAUUCAAAUCCAAUGACCCCCACAUUAGGUGGGUGAUCUCUUGAAAGUAGAAAGCUACUUUUUCAUAUAAAAAAAAAGCCGGAAAUCAAAAUCUUAAACGCUGGUAAACAAAAUGGAACACUAAACUAACGUAGUUGAAAACAAAAAUCCUGUGUUUGCGACAAAAUGAAACAAAGCAAAAACUAAAAAAUAACGGACGAGAUGUUUUAAUUGUUGGAGUAAACAGAAGAAGGAAGGAGAAGAAGCAUAAACAUAAUUUACACGUGUAAGUAAUUGAAUGAAAAUGAAAAGUAAAAUAAAUGUUUCAAAAUCUACAAAAAA